GUGUGGCCGUGUCAUUAUCAAAAUGUUAACAGAGUAGAUUUUUUUCUGCCUUUCUUUUCUCACAUGUGGUUUUGACAUUUUGGAUUUAAAAAUUGUUUUCGCGUGAAUUUUAUCAACAAUCUAAAUUGAAACGAGGAUUUGGUAGAAACAGUGAAAUAGGCUUGCGUAUCAUAUAAACAACGUGCUUAUAAUGGUAGUAUUCACAUGCGGUCACUGCGGGGAGUCGGUCAACAAGCCGAAGGUUGAGAAACAUUACUUAACCAAAUGUAGAAACAGGAGCCCCAACUUGUCCUGUAUGGAUUGUUUCAAAGACUUCUUUGGCAAGGAGUAUGAAGAACACACAAAAUGUAUUACAGAGGAGCAGCGCUAUAGUGCUAAAGGUUUUGUAGCCAAAGAGAAGAAAGGAGAACUAAAACAGAAUGCAUGGGUGGAGAUGGUGCAGAGUGUCCUGGAUGAGCAGAAGAAUGCUCCAGCUAGUGUACUGAGAAUACUGAACACUGUGAGCAAACACAACAACACUCCACGCAAGAAGCCUAAGUUCAUCAACUUUGUCAAAAAUGUGUGCGGCCAUAAAACUGCCCCCAAAGACAUUGACGCUGCCUGGGACAUGAUUGCUGGGAAAGUUGCUGCUUUAUCUAUUAAUAAUCAAAACAGGAAUCAAAAACAAAAUGAUGAAAAACCAAGUGAAAUUGAGGAGAAUAACACUAAUGAUGAUUCUCAAACCAUCCCUGAGGAAGCCGAAGUUUCGUCAACCAGUGACUCCAAGUUGCCAGAGGUAGUAGAAACUGAGGAAAACCAAGAAGGAGACGGUAAAAAAGGUAAGAAGUCUAAAAAACAACGCAAAGAAGAGAAAAAGCAGAAGAAAUAUGAAGCCGAAUUAGAAAGUGCUGCCCAAGCACCUGAAGAAGAGGAGGAAGAAGAAGUAAAGACUAAGAAGGGGAAAAAGAAGAAUAAAUCUGAAAACGUCAAUGGCGACGCCAACGGAGUAGAAGAUAAUAAAAACAAGAAGCGUAAAAGACAAGACACAGUCAACUCAACAGCAUCAGUUGAAAAUGAUGUUGCUGAUCUUCAAAUGCAGAAUUUGCAGCUAAAUGUGGAAAAGACGAAAAAGAAGAAGCCUAAAGUAGAAGAAGAAGAAGAAUUAGAAGAAAGCAUGUGCCUUCAUGAUCAAAAUGUAGCAUAUUCUGAGGAACAAGGAAGGGCUGAGAAGUUCAACUGGCACGCCUGUAUCAUGUCCGUACUGCAGAAGAAAGGUAAUGAGGUACAAUUCAAGAGAUUGCAGAAGAAAGUACUUGGGGAAUAUGCAGAGGUGACUGGGAGAGAUGUAGAUGAUAGGAUUGCUGAUAAAUUUAUAAAGAAGCUGAGAAGCACCCCCAAUGUCAGAGUUGAUAAAAAUAGGGUUGUGCUUGUGCAAUAAACUUCCAAUUGACAAAUUUUUCAUCUUUUUGAUGUAACUAUUUGGGAAAUUACAGAAUUUAUUGACUGAGAAAGAAAUUGGAUGUUUGAGACUCUAAAUCGCAUGCGGCCAUUGUCAUGUUACAUAAUAAUUUUUAGAGAAAUCUGUAUUUGUUAAUCUGAUGAUAGUCAGUAAUUUUUAAGCCUUUCAAAUUUAAUAUACCAACUUUUAAAAAACA